ACCGUUCUCACUAUAACUGUCAACUCCAAAAAAACACCUGGACUAAUCCAGAAAAAAAACACACUUGUCUAAGCCCUCUGCAUUAAUUUGGUUUAUAUAUAUGGAGAGGGACAUGGAUGCAUCACCCAAGUACACAGGUGUACGAAAGAGGAAGUGGGGAAAAUGGGUGGCCGAGAUCCGUCUCCCAAACAGCCGAGACAGGAUCUGGCUCGGCUCCUUCGACUCCGCAGAGAAAGCGGCACGUGCUUUCGACGCGGCUCUUUACUGUCUCCGAGGCGCCGGAGCGCGUUUUAACUUUCCGGAUAAUCCGCCGGAGAUACCCGGGGGACGUUCCAUGACGCCGCAGGAGAUUCAGGUCGCAGCUAACCGUUUCGCCAAAGAAGAACUGUUAGCACCCCAGCAACAACGACCAACGUCGCAACGUGGCGAUAAGUCGUCGGAGGAAGUAACAGAAAUUUCGGCACGUGAAGAAAUUAGUGGUGGGCCAACGUUAGGAGAAGUUGGUGAAUAUAAUAAUUACAACAACGAGAAUAAUAGCAAUGGUACCGAUACGUCGACGUAUUGGCCGUUUCUAUGGGAAGAGAAUUUUCUAGUUCCUUGUAUGUCAGAAGAGUUUGGUGGUACCUCCUUCUACAUGGAAGAUUCGUCACAGCAACAAGAACAUGAGCUCUCAUCUGAUUUUUACCACGAUGGAGCUUAUGUUGUUGAAGAUGAUUACUCUCAUUACAAUAUUAACCUGUGGAAUUUCUGAGAUCCUCCAUUUUUUUAGUAGUGAUCUUGGACAUAAUAUUCCAUCAUUGCUGAAGGUGAAUCAUUAAGCUACUAGCCUCUUAUUAAUUUCGUUUAGUAGCUGUAAUUCAUCUUCUUAUUCUUUUUAUUUUAUUUAUUAUAAUUUAAAAUAAAUUUAUUUGAUAUGCUUA